UGCUUCGGGCCAUCUGGAUGUACACGUGCAGGUCACUGGGGAUAUGAUGCCUUAGCUUGGGCUCAGAGGCCUGACAAUGUUAACAUACCUGAUGUUAGCAUAGCAUAUGUUUUAGUUUAGCUUAAUGGUAGCUGAAUAUUUCUUUUGUCUGGUCAUAUACUUAUUUUAAAAAUAUGAAUAUUCUGUAUCUUUUGUUGUUGUUGUUUAGGUGUAUUGUUUUGACUUCCUAGAAGAGACCCCCAGGUAGAGUGGUACACUAGCUGCUACUAGUGCACCCAAGCCUGGGAAUCAGGAGAAGCCUCACAGUGACACCCCCAACUGAGGAAACUCACGGAGCUGCAGGUAGAGCUGGGACAUACGCUACUUCUUUGGACAAAAAUAUACUGACUAGAGUGGAGUCCCCCUGGGGAGUCAGAAAGCCUGAGAAAGAUCUCACUUGUUUGAAAGUUCAAGUGUGAAUUACUCCCUCACAGAUAAACCAAAGUAUUUUGAAAAACAAAGGGGAGAAAAGAAAUUACUCCCCAGCGCUCUCAGGCAUCUAGAGGACACCUAAGAACUUGGGAGUCAGCUACUUCUUGUGUGCAGCCAUGAAGUCUGCGCACUCCGAUCCCCAGAACACAAGUCAUACCAUCAUGACUUUUUACCCGACCAUGGAAGAAUUUACAGAUUUCAACAAAUAUGUUGCUUACAUGGAGUCCCAAGGCGCACAUCAAGCUGGCCUUGCCAAGGUAAUUCCACCCAAGGAAUGGAAAGCCAGACAGAUGUAUGAUGAUAUCGGAGACAUCUUAAUAGCCACUCCCCUCCAGCAGGUGACCUCUGGACAGGCAGGGGUGUUUACUCAAUACCAUAAAAAGAAGAAAGCCAUGAGGGUGGCGGAGUAUCGCCACUUGGCAAACAGUAAAAAAUAUCAGACUCCACCACACUGGAAUUUUAGAGAUUUGGAGCGACAAUACUGGAAAAGCCACCCUGGUAAUUCAGCAAUUUAUGGUGCUGAUAUUAGUGGCUCCUUGUUUGAAGAAAACACUAAACAGUGGAACCUACGACACCUGGGAACAAUUCUGGACCUGCUGGAGCAGGAAUGUGGGGUUGUCAUCGAGGGUGUCAACACACCCUACCUGUACUUUGGCAUGUGGAAGACCACGUUUGCUUGGCACACGGAGGACAUGGAUCUUUACAGCAUCAACUACCUGCACCUUGGGGAGCCCAAAACAUGGUAUGCAGUGCCCCCAGAACAUGGUCAGCGCCUGGAACGUCUGGCCAGGGAGCUCUUCCCGGACACUUCUCGGGGCUGUGAGGGCUUCCUGCGGCACAAGGUGGCCCUCAUCUCACCAACAGUUCUCAAAAAGAACGGGAUCCCCUUCAAUCGCAUGACUCAGGAGGCUGGGGAGUUCAUGGUGACCUUUCCCUAUGGCUACCACGCUGGCUUCAACCAUGGCUUCAACUGCGCAGAGGCCAUCAAUUUUGCCACUCCACGAUGGAUUGAUUAUGGCAAAGUAGCUUCACAGUGUAGCUGUGGGGAGGCGAGGGUGACCUUUUCCAUGGAUGCCUUCGUGCGCAUCCUGCAACCAGAGAGCUAUGAGCUCUGGAAACACAGGCAAGACUUGGCCAUUGUGGAUCACACAGAGCCCAGGGUUGCAAAAAGCCAAGAGCUGAGCAACUGGAGAGAUGAUAUAGUACUUAGAAGAGCUGCUCUGGGCCUGAGGCUUCUCCCAAACCUCACAGCCCGGUGUCCCACACAGCCUGUGUCCCCAGGGCACUGUUACAACCCAAAAGGUUGUGGCACUGAUGCUGUGCCUGGAUCUGCAUUCCAAAGCUCUGCAUAUCAUACCCAGACCCAGUCACUUACCCUGGGGAUAUCAGCCCAGGUUCUUCUCCCUUCCACUGGAAGCUGGGGUUCUUGUGGUCGUGGUCAUGGUCGUGGUCGUGGUCGUGGUCGUGGUCGUGGUCGUGGUCGUAGUCGUUGUCCUCGAGAACUGGGGACUGAGGAGACAACUGUUCAGCCUGUAUCCAAGAGGCGCCUUUUAAUGGGUACAAGGAAUAGGGCUCGAGGCCGCAGGCCUCAGCUCCAGCUUGACAAUGAUUUGAUGACAAAUCCGUCCUUUUGA